CCCGCCCCCCGAAAAUACUGAGAGAGAGGAAGUGGCUCUGUCCGGCAGGGGAUAGCAGCGUCACGCCCUUCCUUUCCCCUCCCGCCCCCCGGUAAUCCAUGGUCCCUCCACCCAGACCGGGAACCUUCUCGCCGAGCCCAGCCGCGCAAGCCAUCCACACUGGCGCCGCGUCCCAUUCCCCCCAUCCCUCUCACGCCGGUGCGCUGAGUGCGGCUGCCAGCCCCAGUACGAGCAGCCCCACUGGGUCAAACUCCCUGACCAAGCUUGUUGUCGCCCAGGUCUACCUGCUGCUGAGCACCAUCAAGGAGGAUCGGGACGAUCCUCGUAAGUGGGAGUCACAGAUCGAGUCUCUGCGCAAGCUGCUCGAUGAGCACGGCAUGGAUGUCUUUACGAGAUACUUCGCGCGACUGGUGGCCGCAAAUGCCGCCCAGAUAUUCCCCGGCCUCAACAGGCCGGGAGCAAAUCCCGGCAAUUACCAUCUCCUCGUCGCCGAGAUGCGGAAGUUGUCUCGCGACUUCUCCCAGGCCAGGAAGAUCGCCGAAUCUAUCGAGACCGGCACCGAGGAUAUCUUUCGUGACUUCGACCUGUCCACGUUUAUGGAGCAUUUCCAGUUGGACGCUCUCGAGAAGACCCUGCUGGCUCUCGCUUUCAAGCUUGGGCCCAGGAUCGACUUGAAGGCCAAAGCCGAUGCUAUCCUAUCGACAAAUUUCCCGACGUUCGUCAAUAUCCUUAGCCGGCCAAAUGGAGACCACGCCGAUCUCGAGCCUGACUUCGUCGCCGAACUCCUCGACCGCUUCGUUCAGGUCCACCCGCCAAACUUUAAUGCUGCCGCGAAGCGCGAGCUGGAACACAGGGUGCAGUCGAGAUACGCCCAGUCCCCGGAUUCCAAGCCGCCGCCCUCGCAGGUGUUGGCCGCUCUCGACCUGGUGCGGAUGCUCGCCGACAAACCACCUAACGCCCUUGCCCUUUACAUCCAUCGGACCGGCGCCGCCUUCACCGCGGACGACCAGACAUGUACGGGCUACCUGCAAAAUCGGCCGCCUAAUGUCCAUCUCAGCGAGGAACAGGUGUCCGUGGCCUUGAUGUACACGACCAUCAGCCAGACCCCUCGCCACAAUCCUUCUGUCCUCGUUACCGCCCUCAGGCGAAUUCUGCCCGAGGGCUUCAGGUGGCAAGAUGUGGUGUCGUACUUCGACCACAGCGGCGCCCGGGUCACGUCGGCCCAGUUCCUCCGCCUAUACAACGCGCUUCUGCCCAUAGCACAGGAGGACAGCGACAAGCUCAACAUCCAGCGCCUGUGGGGCGGCGAGUGGGAGAAUCCCGAAACCCAGCUCUCGUUCAUCUGCGCCUUCGCAUCCCUCAAGCCUGAGCAGCUGGAUGCGACCACCAUACCUGACCUAAAGCCAACCUUUACGGUGCAGGAGUACGCCCAGUCUCCCCAGUCGAUACGGGAGACGGCAGCAUAUGCCGUCAAGCACCCCCUGGUUUCCGAGGCUGCGCUGUCUGCCGUCUUCAACGUUGCGCUGCACUCGAUGCACGCCUCGCAGAGCAUCGAAGCCAAGCGGCUCUUCCAAGACGUGGUUGUCCCCAAUCUGGCCAUCUUUGUGGUCUCGGCAUUCGGCGUGCCGAAGCCUUGGCCAGCCAUGGCCGAGGAUACGCUGGUCUCCCUGUUCGACAACUUCCUUCCCAGGACGCCCGAUGCCGACUUCGUCAUGGACAGCCUUUGGAGGAGGGACAAGGAGUGGGUUAAACAGCGGCUCAGCGAUGCGCACGUGCUGAAACCCAUGAGCUUGCCGCUCAUAUUUGAGCACGCGGUCCGGCAGAACUGGCUCGACGAGCUCGUUUACCUCCCGAAUGCGUUUGGCGUCGACCUGGCCUCGCUGGCGCACGCCGAAGGAUACCUCGACUUGCAGCAAUGGGCGCGGAAGAACGCUGACCGCAGCACCGAGAUGGCCAGGCUACUUUUCCAGUUCCUGGUCGUCAAGGCAAGCCUCGAAAUGCAGUACCAGCGCCCUCCGGAGGGCCAACCGCCCGUCAAGACGACGACAACCCUGCAAGUCAGGACCGUCCAUGCUCUGCUCCAGAUCUUAGAAGAGUUCAUGCCCAAGACGCCGGUGCACGACCUGAUCAUGGCUCAGCGGACAUGCAUCACGGCGUACCCGAGGCUUAUCAACUACGGCGAAGGUUUUGACGACAUCAUCGACGCGAACGGGCGCGACGGCAACGCUCUGCCGCUGGCCGCCAACGCCAAAAUGGAAGAGCAUUACAAGAAGAUGUACGGCGACGAGAUCCAGGUUCGCGACGUGGUGGAGAUCCUGGAGCGAUACAAGCGGUCCCGCGAUCCCCUGGAUCAGGAUAUUUUUGCCUGCAUGAUCCACGGCCUGUUCGACGAGUACGCGCAUUACGUCGAUUAUCCCCUCGAGGCACUGGCUACAACCGCGGUCCUCUUCGGAGGCAUAAUAUCUCACAAGCUCAUCUCGGACCUUCCGCUGCAGAUCGGGUUGGGCAUGAUCCUGGAGGCCGUCAGAGACCAUCAUCCCGAUGAGCCCAUGUUCAAAUUCGGCCUGCAAGCUCUCAUGCAGCUCUUCGGGCGCUUCCGAGAGUGGCCUGGCUUUUGCAAACAGCUCCUCCAGAUUCCCGGUCUGCAAGGGACGGAAGCGUGGAACAAGGCCGAGGAAGUCAUUCGAGAGCACGACGAGGAGCUUGCGCGCUCUCGUAACGGCGGCGUCAUCGGUCACUCGGGGAUGCUCGGCAACGACAAGCUGGCCAACGGCAGCCUGGAUGAUGGCUUGGGAUCGGAGCAGCACCCGCCUCCCUUUACCUCGGUGAACGUGGACCCGCCCCCGCCAGGUGUCGUCUACGAAGACCCCAGCGAAGAGGCCCAAGGGAAGAUCCAGUUCGUGCUCAACAACCUUACCGACACGACACUACAAUCCAUGUUUAAGGAGAUCCGUGACAUGUUGGAGGCCAAGCAUCAGCAGUGGUUCGCCAGUCAUCUGGUCGAGGAGCGCGCCAAGAUGCAGCCUAAUUACCAUCACGUCUACCUCGAGCUCGUCAAGCAAUUCGAGGAUAAGGCGCUGUGGGCGGAGGUCCAACGGGAGACCUACAUCAGCAUCUCGCGCAUGCUCAAUUCGGAGCUGACGAUGCAGAACUCGACCGAGAGGAGCCACCUGAAGAACCUCGGCGGCUGGCUCGGACUCUUGACCCUCGCCCGCGAUAAGCCGAUCAAGCAUAAGAACAUCGCGUUCAAGCAGCUCCUUAUUGAGGCGCACGACACGAAGCGCCUCAUUGUGGUCAUCCCUUUUGUGUGCAAGGUUCUCAUCCAGGGUGCCUCCUCCAACGUCUUCAGGCCGCCCAAUCCUUGGCUGAUGGAUAUUAUCCAUCUGCUGAUUGAGCUGUACCACAACGCCGAGCUGAAGCUGAACCUCAAGUUUGAGAUCGAGGUGCUCUGCAAGGGUCUCAAUCUGGAUCAUAAAGCCAUCGAGCCCUCCGGCGAGAUCCUCAACCGCGCUCCUGUGGAGGAAGUGGGCGACAUCAUGGGCCCGGAGGCGCUGGAGAAUUUCGAAAACCUGUCUCUCAACGGGAUGCCUGGCGUCGGCAGUGCGCUUUCGGCGCACCCGGCGUUCGCGAUCCCCGACCUGGGCCCAAGCCUGUCGGUUCCGCAGACCGAGGUCAUCAGCGCCGCCAAGCUGCACGAGAUCCUCCGCCAGGCCUUGACGCGUGCGCUGCAGGACAUCAUCCAGCCCGUGGUCGACCGGUCGGUCACCAUCGCUGCCAUCUCGACACACCAGAUGAUCCGCAAGGACUUCGCUACCGAACCCGACGAGAAUCGGGUGCGUACGGCGGCCAUCAACAUGGUGAAAUCCACCGCUGGUAAUCUGGCGCUCGUAACUUCAAAGGAUCCGCUGCGUGCAAACCUUACCAACUACCUGCGGAACCUGUCCGCCGACCUUCCCCAGGGCCUACCGGAGGGCAUCAUCAUGUUGUGUGUCAACUCUAACCUUGAUCUGGCCUCGAGCGUCAUCGAGAAAUGCGCGGAGGAGCGUGCUGUACCGGAAAUUGAGGAUCUGAUCGAGGGCGAGCUCGAGGCCCGGCGCCGUCACAGGCUCCAGCGGCCAUCUGAGCCUUACAUCGACCACGGACUGAGCCGCUGGGCGAUGACGAUCCCUCAUCCCUUCAAGCUCCAGCCCAGCCUUGGCGGUCUCAACGCAGAGCAGCUGGCGAUUUACGACGACUUUGCCCGUCAGUCCAGGGUGAAUGCUGCUGCCGCCACGCCCUCGCAAGGCCCGUCUGCCUCGGAUGCUAGAUCGAUGGCAAACGAGGCUCUCAGCGAUCAGUUCAACGCUGUCAGCACUAUGCCGACCCCCGCCGAGACCCCGUCGAUGCCCCAUCUGGGCGUGCAGCUUCAGCACUACCCUCAGGCUCACGUCGGGCUGACGAAUGGCCGCCAGGGCGCCAUGAGCCAGAUCGACUCCAGGAGCGUUGCGGAGAGAGUCAACAAGCUUCUGGAACAGCUGGCGUCUGCCGCUACGAAUUCGUCGGAAGAACAUUUCAACGAAGUCCCCAGGUCUCACCCGGUUCUCGACCUUGUCGACGCGCUAAUCCAACUGAUUAUCAAGACCCAACAGACCUCGGAGGAGUUCACCGUGUAUGCCGCGAACCAGAUUGCUCAGCUUCUCUUCCGCCAGCCCGAGAGCACCCUGCUGCUCGAGUGUCUGGUCCAUGUUCUCGAGACGCUUCGCAAAGUUGCAGGGCCGGUCAUCAGCGAGCAGAUCCGCCAGCUCUUCCAUCAGCAGCCCGGAGAGUUGUUCCUCAACGUGCCUCUCAUUACGGCGCUGCUAGGAACGGAUCUUCUCGACUGGAGGAGCAUCGACGCGGCGACGGCGAAGGUGCUGCAGCAGCGCAAGGAGGGGUCCAUUGACUUCCUCGAGCGGCUCAUGGACCUCACGCUCCUUAAUGAUGCUCCGCUCGCGCUUUAUGCGGAUUUUGUUCGGAGCUUGGAGGAAGCGUGGUCGUGGAUCAUGGAGGAUCCUGAUGUACCCGCAGGCGCGCGGUUCAAAUCCAAAGUGCUGGCUCCGCCGCCAGAGCUUCCCGCCGGCCUGAGCCAGGAUGAGAUCCGCGCUAUCCAACUCGAUCAGAUGGACUACGUGUUUGACGAGUGGAUCCACCUCUGCAACAACCGUUUCGCGACGGAGAGGUCCUCCAUGAUCUUCGUGCAACAGAUGCACUCACGUGGGAUGGUGAACAGCAGCGAGGACCUGUUGCUGUUCACACGUCAGGCGCUCGACAGGUCCGUCGAACGCUUCGAGCAGUGCCUCCAGUCUGGCGGCGGAUUGGCGGAAGGCUACCAGGCGGUUGACGCGCUGGUCAAGAUGAUCAUCAUCUUCGUCAAGGCUCACCACGACAGCGAGGAUCAGGAUCGAUCGGCCGGCGUGGCCUUCCUGGACUCGAUCCUCUCGCUCGGCGUGUUGGUGCUGAACAACCACCACGUCAAGCGGGGGGAAGCCUUCAACCAGCGAGUCUUUUUCCGUUUCUUCUCGGCCAUUCUGCACGAGGUUGCAGAUCUGGCUAGCCAUCUCCCGGAGAACGAUUAUCAGCAGAUUAUCCUGCGCUUUGCAACACGUCUCUACGAUCUCCGCCCGAGCCUGUACCCAGGAUUUGUCUAUGGAUGGACAGAACUCCUGACGCACCGUUGCUUCCUGCCCGUUAUCCUUCGGCUCCCUGGCGAGGUUGGCUGGGCGCCCUUGACGAAGCUGCUGACACAGCUCCUUUCAUACCUCGGCGAUCUUUUGAAGCCCUUGACCGUCUCGAAUAUGGCGAAGGGGUUGUAUCAUGCCGUGCUAAGGCUGCUGGCCAUUCUCCACCAUGACUUCCCCGACUACGUCGCGGCGACCCACGUGCAGCUGUGCGAGAGCCUCCCCCCGCAUGUCACGCAGCUCAAUAACUUCAUCCUCUCCGCGACGCCGCCGGCAUUUACUAAGUCGGCCGACCCCUUCCAGCUGGGCCUCAAAGUAGACCGGAUCCCCGAGAUGAAGGAAGCGCCGCCCACGACCUUCGACUCGGCCGGCGUGCUGCGCGAAACCGGUCUCUUUGACAUCUUGGAGCAGGCGCUGCAGAACGGCCCAUCCGAGGAUGCCAUCGCCCAGAUCAACCACGCGAUCAACAAGGCAGAUGGGGAGGAUUCGACGUUCGGCUACGUCCCGGUCGGGGUGAACCGGCGACUGAUUGAUGCUGUGGUUGCCCAGUUUGCCCGCUUCGCCGUCAACCGGGCGGCAUCGAAGAGCGACGGGUCCGUCUUUGUUCCCGGCGCUUCGGACGUCAAGACGCUCCACAUGCUCGUUACCGAGGUGUCGCCCGAAGCCAGGUACUACCUGGUGACCAGCAUGGUCAACGAGCUCAGAUUCCCCAACGCGUCGACCAGCUAUUUCAGCCAGGCGCUCCUCGAGAUCUUCGGCCAAGACAUGUCGGACCCCGAAGAGACGGAUAUCCGGCAGCAGAUUGUGCGCAUCCUGCUCGAGAGACUGGUUGGGUACUGGCCGCAGCCGUGGGGGCUGAUGAUUACCACCCUUGAGCUCAUCAAGAACGAUAAGUACCACUUCUUUGACUUGCCGUUCAUCAAAGCAACCCCAGAGGUUGCCGAGCGUUUUGCCGACAUCCUCCGCGCUGCCUCAUAAAUGAAGAGAUGCUCAAAGCAGCAACAUGACUGCACGCAGCCAGGAUGAGACGAGCGUUCUCAAACGCGCGAGGGAUAUUCCCAGGUGCUUUGACCACGGCUUACCCGCCAACUUCGGGAAGCCUGGAGGAGAGACAGUUGAGAGAGGGAGAUUGGGCACAUCAGAGACGCCCCUUUCCUGAGUCACGCAAGCU